AUGGUCUUCCCAACUCCCCCUGAUGUUGGUUUGUUUGUUGUUCGUCCAUUCAGAUGGGAUGCGGGGAGCAUCCAGGGGGGCCGUUCAAGUGACCCCCAGUGAGUUUCCCGAAUGGCCAGCCAAAGUCUGCUCAGCCUGCUGGUUGUCAGAAUAAUGUUUAGCCAGGUGUUAAUCUGUGUCUGGAGGAGGGGAGGGAAGUGAUGGAAUUCAUUAUUCAGCUUGCCAAGAGAGGUCACGGUUUUGGGCCACUGCCAAGUCCGAAGCCAGCCCUCUUGGAUUUACUGACAUGUGCCAUUUGCGAGGAAUGUAGAUGAAGUCCGCUUGUGGAAGUCUCUUGGUAGGCAGCCAAGCUGACGGAGAGCAGUCGGAAGCAUUCAAGCAGCAGAUCUACAGAGGCGAAACCCCAGCUUGCCUUCUCAAAGCGGGCAAAGAGCUAUACGAACAAUCGUAUCUUUUUUUUUUCCCCUUCUCUUCUUCAUCUAUUUUUUGUUUUGUUUUGUUCUUGAGAUCUUCUUGGGUUUUGUUUUCCUUUCCAUACACACACCACACACAACCGCCUAAACCUACCUAUUCCUUCUACACUUCUAAACAGAAACAAUGAUUAAGUCAAGCUGGUUCUACGUCAGAUUCAAGUAUGCUGAAAAGCUUAAUCCAGGCCAAAACAGCUGCCGAGACAGUGACAGUGAAAGUGCAAGCGGAGAAUCAAAAGGCUUUCAUCGGAGCAGCUCGAGAGAGAGACUCAGCGACAGCUCCGCCCCUUCCAGCUUGGGAACAGGCUACUUUUGUGACAGCGACAGUGAUCAAGAAGAGAAGGCCUCUGAUGCCAGCUCAGAAAAGUUGUUCAACACAGUCACAAACAAAGAUACAGACUUAGGAGUUGUUACGCUAACAGAAAAUGAAGAUCAAGAGGCCAGGUCUUUGGCACUCCCCAAAAUAUCAGGAUUAGAACGGAGCCAAGAGAAGAGUCAGGACGGUGGGAAAGAGCCAUCGCUUGACCCUGUUGUGCCUCAGGAUCUUUGUCCUCAAGUUUCUCAGCCUUUGGUCCCACCUCGUUUGGAGCCACCAACAGAGGCACAUUCUCCAGAGCCUGCUGCUGUCCACCCUGCUCGCUCCUCCUAUUCGGACGUCCCAGAGAAGCAACCAGCUUUGGAAGAGGCCCAGUUUCCCACAGUUCCUCCUUCCCAAAUACAACAUCCACCGAGACCUCCCUCUCCUGGGCAGCCAGCCCAUCCAAACCGUCCACCUUCUCAGCUGCGUCCUCCCUCCCGUAGCCUUGCACAACAGUUGUCGGCUUACAACAGCAGCAGUUUAAGCCUCAACAGCUUGAGCAGCAGCAGAAGCAGCACUCCAGCCAAAAGUCAACCCCCUCCUCCCCCACCACCUCAUCCCCCCAUAGCUCACCACCCCUCGGCAUCCCCCUUCCCUCUCUCUUUACCCAAUCACAGCCCCCUCCAUAAUUUCACACCUGCCCUCCAGCCUUCUAAUCACACCCAUCACCCCAAUAUGUUUGCCCCUCCCACGGCAUUGCCUCCUCCUCCUCCUCUGACAUCGGGGACAUUACAGGUUCCAGCUCAUCCCGCUGGCACUGCUUACUCAGAGCAAGAUCUUCUCCGCCAGGAGCUGAACACUCGGUUUCUGGCUUCCCAGAGCGCUGAUCGUGGCGCCUCGCUGGGCCCACCACCCUACUUGAGGACGGAGUUCCACCAACACCAGCACCAACACCAGCACACGCACCAACACACGCACCAGCACACCUUCACGCCUUUUCCUCACGCCAUCCCUCCAACAGCCAUCAUGCCAACGCCAGCACCUCCCAUGGUGCGUAAUCCAGGCAGAAAUUUUGACAAAUACCCUACAAAAGUAGAUCCUUUCUACCGUCACAGUUUAUUCCACUCCUAUCCUCCUGCUGUGUCUGGGAUCCCUCCUAUGAUCCCUCCAACUGGUCCUUUCGGCUCGCUGCAAGGAGCGUUUCAACCCAAGACUUCAAAUCCUAUUGAUGUUGCGACAAGACCUGGAGCUCUUCCACAUACUCUCCUUCAGAAGGAUCCCAGGUUGACAGAUCCAUUCAGGCCUAUGUUGAGGAAACCAGGCAAAUGGUGUGCUAUGCAUGUUCAUAUUGCUUGGCAGAUAUACCACCAUCAACAGAAAGUCAAGAAACAGAUGCAAUCAGAUCCCCAUAAAUUGGAUUUUGGUUUGAAACCUGAAUUUCUGAGCAGACCUCCAGGUCCUAGUCUUUUUGGGGCCAUCCAUCAUCCUCAUGACUUAGCCCGACCGGCAACUCUUUUCUCGGCAACCAGUGCCGCCCAUCCAGCCGGUCCUACGUUUGGCCCUCCCCCGCACCACAGCAACUUUCUCAACCCCGCGGCCCAUUUAGAGACUUUUAAUCGACCCACGACGUUCACCAGCCUUGCAGCCAUGAGCAGCAAUGCCUUCGGGGGACUUGGCAACCAUGCCGUUACACCCAACGCUAUGUUUGGCCACAAGGAUUGUCCCGGCAUGCAAAGCUAUAGCAACCCUCACGAGCCUUGGAAUCGUCUGCACCGAACGCCUCCGUCGUUUCCGACUCCACCGCCCUGGCUGAAGCCAGGUGAGCAGGAACGCAGCGCGUCCGCUGCAGCUCAUGAACGAGACAGAGAUGUAGAUAAAGGAGACGCUUCUCUUAGUAAAGAUGACAAAGAAAGGGAGACUGUUGAGAAAAGACACUCAAGCCACCCUUCACCAGCACCUAUCCAUUCUGUGAGUUCCCUUGGACACAGCCGAAGCUCAGUUGAACAGAUUAGGAGCCACCUGAACUCAGAAGCUCGUGAAAAAGAGAAGUCCAAAGAGCGAGAGAGAGAUCAUCCAGAAUCACGGAAGGAUAUCAGUGUUGAUGAGCAACACAAGGCAAAGGACAAUUACAUUUCAGACAAGGAAAGUGUGACCCACGAUAGCAGAUCGUUGGAGGAAUCUAAACAAGCAUCUCGGGUGCCUUCACCCUACACCAGGACACCUGCUGCAGAAAGCACCAGACCUAACAGCAACUCAAGUCGGGAUGCUGAGAAGAAGAGUGAACCUGCUUAUGAGAACCUGAAAAAAUCGAGUGAGGUCAAAGUGAAAGAGGAGAGGAAGGAAGAUCAUGACAUUUCUCCGGAAACACCACAAACACACCGGCCAUCUGAGCGGCCACCAUCCAUGCCCACGUCCAGUGUCCAUCCAGGCCCUUUAGCCUCCAUGCCCAUGACUGUGGGUGUCACUGGCAUCCACCCCAUGAACACCAUCAGUGGUCUAGAUAGGACUCGCAUGAUGACCCCUUUCAUGGGCAUUAGCCCAAUCCCGGGGGCCGAACGCUUCCCAUAUCCUUCAUUCCACUGGGACCCCAUGAGAGACCCCUUGAGGGAUCCCUACAGAGACUUAGACAUCCAUCGGAGAGACCCAUUGGGCAGGGAGUUUCUCCUGAGGAACGAUCCGCUGCACCGCCUCUCCACACCAAGGCUCUACGACGCAGAGAGAUCUUUCAGGGACCGAGAGCCACAUGACUAUAAUAAUCAUCACCAUCACCCCCUUUCAGUAGACCCACGUCGUGAGCACGAAAGAGGAGCCCAUCUGGACGAGAGAGAAAGGUUGCACAUGCUCAGAGAGGACUACGAGCACGUACGGCUUCACUCUGUGCACCCCGUGGCCCUGGAUGGUCAUUUGGCUCACCCAAGUCUCCUUACUCCAGGACUUCCUAGUAUGCAUUACCCACGAGUCAGUCCCCCUUCAGGACUUCAGAACGGCAUCCUCAAUAAAACCCCUCCCACAGCAGCCCUGAGUGCUCCUCCCCCUCUCAUUUCCACCCUAGGACCUCGGCCUGGUUCUCCCCGAAGGACUACACCUUUGUCGACAGAAAUGAGGGACAGGCCACCCUCUCACACUCUCAAAGACAUCGAAGCGCGAUAAAAAAAUGGCCGAACACAUCCAAGAGAGAGAACAAUUAGACAAACGGAUCUUCUUACUCGAUAAAUGUAGACUUUGGUAAUGACCCAGCUGUAUAAGAUGUACAUACCCAGGUGUACUAAGGUUUUUCUUUUCUUUCUUGGUUUUUUUUUUCCAAAAAAAAUAAUAAUAAUAAUAAAUGGUUGGGUUGUAUAUUAUAUGUUGAGAAAAAAAAAGUUUUCAGAACCUUUUAGACAAAAGUUGGCACAUUUUCUACGUCAAUGCUCUUUCUUUCUUACUGUUCCCAACAGAACAAGAUGUAAGUCAGUAUUUCAUCUCCCCUUCAAAAUCGUCCCUCUUUCCACCUUUUCUGUCUCUCUCUUUUCAUUCUCUCCAGGUUGAAAUGAAGAAAAGCAGAAUUCCUUUAUUUUGUUAUCAUUAUUUUAUCUCCCCUGUAAGAGAGUUGUUGAAAAUAACGUUAUUUCGUGGGUUAGUGGGUCAUAUAUGCAACAUGGGUAAGACGAAAGCUUUACUUUGUAAGUAUGUACAUAGGAAGAAAAAAAAAAAGAAUGAGUAACAUAAUGCAUUACUACUUCUUAAACUGUGCUCUUUGCAGACUUUAAUUGUGUGAAAGACCGCAGACCUGCGGCACAUCUAAUGUCAUAAGACAGCUAAACCCCUUCAGCUAUGCAAUUAAUUUUGAGGUUUUUCACAAAAGCCUCUUUAACUCAAAGGCGCCUUGUCAACACACACAACCACACAUAAAGUCAUACUUUCCCUGAACAAACCCACAUAUCCCUGAUACCUUCUGGAUGAAGAAAUAAGCCAUCUUCAUCUUCAACAAAUAGAACUUGGAUCUCACCUAUUGUUUGUUUUUCGUACCUUUUGCUAGCUAGUGUUUUCUUGUUUCUUUUUCUUUAUUUAAUUUGAAAAAUGUUGUACAAUGUUAGAUUACAUCCAGCCUCUUCAUAGCUGUUGCUGGGUCACUGUGAAUCAAACUUUAAAACUCAGUAGACAUUUUUGCUGAAAUCCAUUUAGAGGAGCCAAGCAAACUCUGAAUUUAACUCCCAACAAUCCAGCCAGCAUUGCUGUCUGGGCUGUCCUUCUCUUUAGGCCUUAUAAAGUGUGAGCAAUGGGUAAGAGAAGGGGACUUACAAUCUGCUUCCCCUCUUCCAGGUUGCCCCCUUCCAGAUUUUCUGCCAAAUUACAGCUUUGAAUUAAGAACUACAGAAAUUAUUAAAUAAAUGAGAAAUUACUGUGUUAAUUUCAUUGUUAUCAAAUGACGCUAAUUGUCCUAACUUUGCCUAUUUGCUCAUCCUUGUUUCAUCCAACAUGUAGAGAGUAAACUUUACUUUCUACAUGUUGGAUGUAGAGAGUUGGCUGGGGAAGUACAGAAGCUGAAGUCCCCAAGUCUUAAAGUUGCCAAGUUUGGAGACCCCUGGUAUAAACAAAGUUUUCUCUAAGUGACAAAAUGAUUGUCAUGAAACAAAAUUGACACUUAUACAGGCUAUUCUGCCCAGGAGAUCAGAAAAGGCAAGAUAGCAGUCAUGACAUGAUGAAUGCCCGACUUAUUUUUUUAAACUUUGUUUUUUUGUGUGCAAUGCCUAUAAAAAUAGGUCAGACUUUGAUCAUGCAAUCACAGCUGCCAUUUGACUUCCUAACCUCUCUCCGAGAUGCCCUUGCAGUUACAUGCUUCUGCCAGAUUUUGAGGUCAGAGUAGUCAAAGCCCAAUAACAAUAUUUGUACAACAGCCUAAACAUGCUUCAUAUUCACCUUGGUUAAUUUUUUUAGUUUUGUGGUUUAAGAUGCUAUGAAAACCAUUUGGUGAGUUUAUAUAUAGUGCAAACUCAAAAUCAAAACCCAAGCAAAACCUCCAGACUCUGGCACCUAAUUCUCUAAUGAAGGUUGGGCAAGUAAGGAAGUGUUGCGUAGAGAUUAAUGCUGGGGUUUGUAGUCCAAAAUCUGGUGGGCAACUGAUGGAUCUUGGGCAUUGCCUUAGUGGUUCUAGCCACCUCCAAAACUUGGCAAACAAAAGGGAACCUGAUGCUUCAAGACUUUUUGCAGAAAUAUCUUCUAUUAUGUUGGCAUUGGUUCUAUUUGAUGGGAAUUGGAGCCCCAAACAACUGCAGUACACCAUGUUGCCUGUGUGAGUUUAGAGCUGGGCCUUAAAACAUUAACCUCCACUUUUCUAAAUGCCAUCUGUUGUAAAUCUGAUACCUCUGGUGCUAUAUGGACUAGCAGCUUGGAACGUGGAUAUCUUUGCCAUUUUGGGAAAAAGAAUCACCGAUUUUGGGGUCGGGUACCAAUUUUCUUAACCCACAUUCAGACUCCAGUUGAACAUCCAUUAACAUGGGGCAUAAGCCUUGUUAUAAGGAUGCACUUUUGACUAGGUGCAGAAGUCUGCUGUUAACGCUUCAGAAACAUUGGUAAGACAGUAGACUUACAUUAAUAUUUUCCCACCAUCCAUCAUUGUAAGGUUGAGCACUAGAGGGCCAUGGCACUAUGUUGUCUGAACUCCCUCUGGGAACAUACAGGAGCACCGUCAAUAUUCCAGAAAUGAGAAAAGGCCUAAAUUCCAUGAGAUCAGACAGUCUAGGAGAUGUCAAAGAUCUCAUUUGAGAUUUCAUGCAUUUUCAGGUGAGAAGACUGGAGCCUUAGAAGAUGUGCGUAUAUGUAAGAAUCCUAAAAUUGCUUGAAAUUGGUGCUCCCGUAAGAUUUUGGCCAUUUAAAAAAGAGUACUCUGCUUGAUUUUAGAGGUGUGCAUGCCAUUAUAGGUAGUCCUCAACUUACAACUAUUUGUUUAGUGACCAUUCAAAGUUACAGCGGCACUGAGAAAAGUGACUUAUGACCAUUUUUCACACUUACGACCAUUGCAGCAUCUUCGUAGUCAUAUGAUCAACAUUCGGAUGCUUAGCAACUGGUUCCUAUUUAAUGACUGUUGCGGUGUCCCCCUUUUGCAAUCUUCUGACAAGCAAAGUCAAUGGGGAUGCCAGAUUCGCUUAACGACCGUGUUGCUACCUUAACAACUGCAGUGAUUCAUUUAACAACUGUGGCAAGAAAGGUCAUAAAGUGGGGCAAAACUCACUUAACCGUCUUGCUUAGCAACAGAAAUGUUGGGCUCAAUUUGUGGUUGUAAGUCGAGGAUGACCUGGACUCAAAAAUAUGUAAGGAUGUUUGCAACUGAAAAAGCUGGCCAUCCAUCAUGAAUGAUUUGACAUUGAUUUCUGUAAUUAUUUUAGCAUCAAUCAAAGGCAAAAGGAAAUCACAUGUGUCCAUUUUUUUCCUCUUAAGUAGAAAUGGUUUUCAUAUGUUCAAUAAUUCUGUUUUCCUAAGUGUCUUGAUUUUAAAUGCUGAGUUCCGUUUUGAAAUAUUUUGGAGAGAAUAUGACUUUAUCAGAAAGCGUACAAUACCUUGCCUCCUAAUAAUCUGUAAAAAAAUAUGUGUAUGAGAUUAAAAGAAAAUAGUUCCUUUGGUCUUCUAGUGUUAAAGUGAUAUCUCAAAUUGUUUCUCCUGUUUUGACAAAAAGAAAAAAAAAGUCUAUUACAGACCGCUGUUUCUAAUGAUCAAAAAUCUAUUUUAGUAGUCAACUAAAAAGUUUUAGUUGUGAACUUCAGAUUUUGUGAACUCCAGAUGUUGUGCAGUGUUUUUUUUAAGAACAAGACAAAACAAAGCAAAAAAAUGAGAGAGAGGGAGAAAGAGAGAAAGAGAGAGAGAGAGAGAAUCCUAAAAAAAAUAUGUACACUGGCACUGUAGUGAUAGCUUUCAGUAUUGUAUAAAAAUAUUGUUAUAUACAAAUCUUUUUUUGCUGUUUCUCCUGUAUGUAAUAAAGUCCUUUCUAAAUCUUAUGUGAAAAAAAAAAUCAACAACUCUGAAGCGACAUUCAAUCCACAGCAUGUUUCCUCAUGAGCAAAGCCUUGUGUAAUGUAAAAUCUGUGCCAUGUUAUUAAAAAAUGUGAACUAAA